AAUACAUCCCUGGUGGGUCCCUUCCCCUGCGAAAUAAUCAGAGCCACUGUACACAACACCAACACCAGUGUUUUUUACUGCCUCUUCUCGCUCUCUCCCUCCGUUUUGGCCUAGCUCUUGCUUCGCUUGCCUCUCUCAGGCCUAGGGUUUUUGGAUCCCAAAUCUGAUUUUUGUUUAUCCUUUUUCGUUACCAGAUUCUUCCAUCAUUGUGCCUUCACCGCUCAAUUUCAUCUUCAUUCAGGGGUUGGAUACGAGAAUUCAUAGUGAGUGAACAGAGCUUGCAGACUCCUUAUAGUUUAAGAUAUAUAUAUCAAAGGAAGGUACAGAGUUAACAUGUUAUGUAUUCGGAUCUUUCCGGGUUUUUAUAUCUAAAGUUUUUGGCAAAUGGGUUAGUAUACACUUGAAAGGCCUUUCUGAAAAAAUUUGGUGGGAGUCUGAGAUGCCGUAUCAAUGGGGUCGUAUUCUCGCACUUGUGAAAUUGUUGAAGCAAAGGAAGAGCUGAAUUCGGCUAAACAUUCUAAAAGAACUAAUGAAUCACAUUCUGGAUUAAGUAUAGGUGACAAUGAUAGAGAGCCACCUGUCCUGAAACUGGGAUACAGGGAUUCUCUGGAAUAUGAUAUCAAUCAACGUUUUGAAGCUGUCAGUCUUAAAAACUCAUCCAAGGGUCUGGCUCUUUCAAGUCAUGCAGGCCCUAGCUCAAGCCCUAUGAGGAAAAGUGCCAUGAAAAGGCCAAUAACAGUGCGUGUGCCUCACUCACCGGGAAUUGGAAAUUCUCAACCAUUGUCUCUGAAGCAGGCAUUAAGGGAGCUUUGCAUUGCUAAAGCAUCAGAAAUGGCUGCUAUGAAACGGAUAACAAAGCCAACUGGCUCUCCUGGAGCCUCAGAAGCUGGAAGGAUAAAAAGUUUGUAUAAUUCAGUUGUAGUGGAAACUAGUAUGUCUGGGCUUCCCAUAAAUGAAAGCAAGGGGACUGUAGUUGAAAUAUCUCUACUGCCAGAAGACAGCAAAUCAAAUUCUUUGGAGAAGGUGCCUCAUCAAUUUCAGGUGACUAAGUCAUCUAACCAGAGUGCCCAUUCUUCUCCAUUGUCCCUGGCAUUUAAAUCUCUACACCAAAGUGCUAAUUCUUCUCCUCAAUUUGCUGUUCCAACAACACAUGCUGGUUCUGGGACUGUAUCUAUGGAGGAUGAGAUUGCUUCUGAAUUCACAAGAGUUGAAACUGAGGCGUUAAAGUCUCCAGACCAAAGUGCUUUCUCUUCUCCCAGAUUUGCUAUCCCAAAACUGCUAAGUGGUAGUGGAACGACAUUGAUUCAUAAUGAGGUUGGUUCCUCUACCCGAAAAGUUGAAAAACAAGCUGUAAAUUCACCUCCUCAAAGUGCUCAUUCUUCUCCCAGGUUUGAAAUUCCACUCACAAAAAAUGGCGCUGGAACCACAUCAUUGCAUAAUGAUAUAAGUUCAUCAUCAAAAGUUGGAACUCAAGCAUUGAAGACAGAACUAGUUAAGAAAGAGAAAUGCAUGCCUGCAACUUCCCUAUCUUGUUCUUAUUCUGUUGACAGCAUACCAAAUGAAGAUUUAAGUAUUGCCACUUCAAAAAGGGUAGCAAGAAAAUCGUUAACGCCUCGAUCAGGUAGGAAAGCAAAGUUGUACUCUCUUUCGUCUUCAAGGUAUGGAAACAGAGUAAAGAAGUUCACAAGAAACACUCCAAGGUUAGCAAAACCAGUAUUGAAGAACAAGAGUUCCGUUAAGAAGAAAAUAAAGCAAGGUACAGCUUCUUCUGCCUGCAUUUCUAGUAAAAGUGAUAAAAUUUUGGCUCCUAGCGCAGCUAACUUGUUUUGCCAGAAAUGUCAAUGUGCUUUAAGGAACGUAACUGAGGAUUUAAGGCAAGAUUCCCUGCCACCUUCCUCUGCCAGUUUUAGGGCUGAAGUUAGUUCAAGUCAUGUGGAUGCUGUUGCUAGCAAACCAGAUUUCAAUUCGAUCCAUUGCAGUAGAAACAUAUCCAUUGGGAAGGUAAAGAAUUCAAAAUCAAGAGAGAAGGGUGAGUUUUCCCAAAGCUCAAAUAGUAGCCUUGGUGAGCAUAGCACUAGUACAAGCAACAGUGAUGUAAGCAAUCCAAGCAGACCUAGUUGUUGCAACAGGCCCCAUAUGUCAAAGGACAUAAAGUGGGAAGUUAUUCGCCAUGUUAAGAUGCAGGAUAAAGUCUUAAGUUUGAGGCAUUUCAACAUCUUAAGAAAGCUUGGUUGCGGAGAUGUAGGGACUGUUUAUCUUGCUGAGCUAAUUGGUACAAACUGCCUAUUUGCUAUAAAGGUCAUGGACAAUGAAUUUUUGGCUAGAAGGAAGAAGCUGCCUAGGGCUCAAACAGAAAGAGAGAUAUUGAGAAUGUUUGACCAUCCUUUUCUUCCCACACUGUAUGCCCAAUUCACUUCAGAUAAUUUGUCCUGUUUAGUUAUGGAGUACUGUCCGGGUGGAGACUUGCACGUCCUUAGGCAGAAGCAACCUGGUGGGAGUUUCCCUGAACCAGCAGCAAGGUUUUAUGUUGCUGAAGUGCUCCUUGCUCUGGAGUACUUGCACAUGCUUGGAGUCAUCUACCGGGAUCUGAAACCAGAAAAUAUUCUAGUUCGGGAUGAUGGGCACGUUAUGCUCACAGAUUUUGACCUCUCUCUGAGAUGCAGUGUAAGUCCAACCCUCCUGAAAUCAACUGAUGCUGACGAUCCUGUGAAGAUGUCUGGUACAUGCACAGAAUCUAGCUGCAUCCAGCCUUUCUGCAUUGAGCCAUCAUGUCAAAUUCCAUGCUUCAGUCCUAGGUUUUUACCUUCUGCUGCAAAAACAAGGAAUUUAAGAGCUGAAAUGGCAGCUGAGCUUAGGUCAUUGCCUCAGCUCGUGGCUGAGCCUACAGAUGCACGUUCAAAUUCUUUUGUUGGGACCCAUGAAUACUUGGCCCCUGAGAUUAUCAAAGGAAAGGGUCAUGGGGCAGCAGUUGAUUGGUGGACAUUUGGUAUAUUUCUCUAUGAGCUUUUAUAUGGUGGAACACCAUUUAAAGGUUCUUGUAAUGAAGAAACAUUAGACAAUGUGAUUACUCAGAGCCUGAAGUUCCCAGAUAGCCCACUUGUUAGUUUUCAGGCAAGGGAUCUUAUCUGGGGGCUCUUAGCAAAGGAUCCUGAGAAUCGGUUGGGAUCUGAGAAAGGAGCUGCUGAAAUCAAGCAACAUCCUUUCUUUGAGGGCUUAAACUGGGCACUGAUAAGAUGUGCCAUUCCACCUGAAGUGCCAGAAUAUUACGAUUUUGGAGUACCAUACGAAAAUAGCAGCUAUUUGGAGUACAACGCUACGGGAGAGCACCUCGACUUCGAGUUGUUCUAAAUACGAUCCGGCGAUUUGGAGUUCGUUAAUCAUCUAUCUGCAUAGCUGAGAAUGAUCCACAUGAUGAUAAAAGGAAAUGCGAGGCAUUGUGUCCUAUUUUUAAAAUAGCACAUCAAAAGAUCCGCUAUACUUUUGACAAGGGAAAUAUCCAAGGAAUUAUACAACCACUUCGGCUAAGUACGUACAAUAACUUUACUUUCAUGGUUUGUGUUUGAAUCGCAGCCUGGAUAUGACCGUCUCUGUUGCUUAAGAUGCAUGCAACCACACCACGAGAUCACAACUUUGCAACUACCUGUGUGUGCCGAGUGCCCAAUAGCUUGAGGGAGGAGAAGGUCAGAGAGCGCGUCCAUUGCGAUUGCCGCGAUUGUGCAAGGGGAGAUUAACUGAUUUUUUUUUUUCACAGGAUAUGCCCAGUUGCUAUAUACUUGGGCAUGGCGCAUGCUCAACUGGCUCCCCUAACUGAAGCCCACUGUACAUGGUUCUUGUUCAUCUG